AUGAGUGCACAGAUUUUAUUUCGUGUUAUAUGUCCAACUUAAUUUACUUAAACUGUUCUGAUAGUGGGAAACAAUCCAUAAUUAGGUGAUUGGAAUCCAUAAAAUGGAAUUAAAUUGAUAACUACUCCAGAGAUGUAUCCUGUUUGGAUAAAUGAAUUACCUUUGGAGGUUGAACCAAGUAAACUUAUAUUUGAAUAAAUAGAUUAAAUACUAGAGUUUAAAAUAGUUAUUAAUGAUGGUAUAAAUUUUCAAUGGGAGAUUGGAGCAAACAAAUUGAUAUAAAUUAUAAGCUAAAAGACGAUAGUUGUCUUGACUUUUAAUUAGCCAUCAUUGAUUAUUCAUAAUAUUAGAAAGCUGUUCUCAAAUACUGAUUUAACUAAUAUUACUGAGUGUAUUUUUAUUUAAUUUAUUUUUAGCUAGCGCAAGAAAGAUUUCAAUAUAACUACAAGAGAAAUUAUAUGAUUCAGAUGAAGACUCGGUAAUUAUUGAAAUCAUUUUGAUUAGGAUGAAGAAUUAAUAAGUGAUGAGAAUUCUUUAUUUUAUGAUGAAGAAACUUCGUUGAUUUCUAAUGAAUAAUUUGAAUAUAGUCCAAAAAAAUAAUCAAAUGAACAAAAUUAUCAAUAAAAUUUUGGAUCAGAAAGCGUUGAUCUUUGA